AUGAGACCCUUCCAGUCCUUCAGCACCACGGAACACUCGACGUUCAGCUCGCCCUCCCCGACAGGGCCGGACACGCCCGCGCAGUACGGGGAGCCGGAGUCCCUGAUGGAAGUUGAGGUUGGUGCGCCUCAGACGCACAAGAUCGGUGGAGAGACGUUUACGGACUACGAGGUGACCGCGCGGACUAACUUGCCCGGUUACGCGCGCGGCACAACGGUUGUGCGCCGCCGGUACAGCGACUUCGAGCACCUGCGGCAGUGUCUCAAGAACGAGAUGGUGGUGACGAACCGUACAAGAGUCAAGAUUCCACACUUGCCGGGGAAGAUCUUUCUGUCCAACAGGUUUGACGAACGCGUCAUCGAGGAACGCCAGAGGGGCCUCGAUAAGUGGCUCAAGAGCGUCGCGGGUCAUCCCUUGUUGCAAGUUGGGUCCGCGGUGCUCGUAAGGUUUCUGCAGAGCAGAGUGUUCUCGGGAUAA